AUGACGACCUACGGCGGGCCAUCAUCCAGCGGGUCGGCCGGACCCCGGAACAACAUCGUCAGCGCUUCCCUCGACCUGGGUGAGUCCGGCCGGCCCUUCGUGUUGGCCCAACAGCUCCGGGACUCGUGCCGCAAAUGGUUGCUGGCUGAGGGAAGCGACGUGGAUCUGGUCAUCGAUCGCGUGGUGCUGGAGCAGAUCAUCACUCGGCUUCCAAAGAAGACGGCCGAGUGGGUCCAGUGCCACCGCCCCACGUCGCUGGACUCAGCCAUCCAAUUGGCGGAGGACCACAUGGUGGCGUGCCAAGGGGGCGGCGAACCCUUCCAGCUGUCUCUCUCUCUCCCUCUCUUUUGUCCCCCUCUCUCUCUAGACCUGUCCCUCUUCCCAGGUCUCGUCCGCCCGGCCCACCUCGCCCCCGGGGCGGAACGGCCCCGACGCCGCUUUAUGGACCCAGGGGGGCGGGACUCCCUGCUGCCGGGACGGACCCCACUCCUGCUUCUCCCCUUUCUCCGCAUCAGCCAUUUAACCCACUCACUGCCACAGGAGCGGCGGGCAGGUCUGGGCCGGCUUGUUGGCGGUGUGGGGACCCGGAUCAUUUUGUGGAUAAAUGUCCGGUUAUGGAAGUUGGGACGAUGAUCCAGGUCCCCGACCAUCCACAAGCUGCCCCUGGUCAAGCUGGCGAGUACCAAAUACCCUGAUUGGCGCGGAGACAGGAUAAGAUGCCGUGAGAAGCAGGAGUGUGUGAGAGAGA